AUGAAGCUAGUAAAGAACAGGGAGAGUGAACUCACAGCCCGGAAAAGCCCAUGGCGUCGUCAGCCUGAACAAGAGAUUGCCAAUGAUCUGUUCGUUUUCUGCGGAUUUAAAGUUCCCGUAUUCCACAUUGGACUACUGGAUUCUCGUCGAUAUUCCACUGAGUUAAUGUUUGAAACUAGUUCGGACGAGCGGGGUGAUUGGGAAACCUGGAUGGGGUACAGUUCCGGUCCAAGAAGAGCAGCAAUAGCAGCAGGUCUAUGGUCAGCUGCACAGCGAGAUAUUAUCAGGCCACUUAGCAAAUACAAGACAAUGUUCAGCUCAAGCCUACUUCUGCCACAAUUUACUGUAAACGGAACGAGGGUCAUUAUCCUUAUCCACUUUGGCUUCCUCCUCGUUGUCUUGUAUAGGAGUAGCCACCUUGGCUUCCUCCUCGUCGUAGGUGUCUCACACAGGACCUCCCCUUAA